AUGGAAAACUCGGAGGACGAAAAUCAAGGAAGAAAACAACCGAGUGUGGAAGAAGCUUUUCGAACUUGCCCCCUAGCUGAUGCUUGUAUGCACCGACCCUGUUCAUGCAAGCAAUUCUUCAUGCUCUGCACUUCUUCCGAAGAAGAAACCUCCUGCUGUCGAGUUUUUCUACGGGUGGUUCUUAUCGUAUUUGGGCUAGUUUUUGGCAUAGCUCUAGGAGCGCCGUUUGGAUUUGCCUUUGGAUAUGUUGGCGCUGUUUUGAUGAUUCUUUUCAUGCCAUGCUAUAUCAGGCGAUGGUUGAAAGAUGCAGUGCUAGAAAGUGUGGACGAAAAUGGGCAGCUUCCGAAAAACAAGUUUUUCCAAAACGAGCCAUACACGCCAAAUGCCUCCUUCAACGUCUAA